AUGAUCACAAAGUCAUUAUUUGGUAAAACGAAAGAUGAUCAAGAUGUCCAUGCGUAUGAGUUAAAGAAUGAGAAUGGCACUUCCAUUACAAUUCUGACCUUAGGUGGCAUCAUACAAUCCAUAAAGGUUCCUGAUAAAAAUGGAAAGUUUGAUGAUGUGACGACAGGAUUUGAUAAUGUGGCAGAUUACGAGGUCAAUCCCGCUUACUUUGGAGCCAUAAUUGGGAGAGUGGCAAACAGAAUUUUUAGAGGGGAGUUUGACAUUGAUGGGGUCACCUACAGGGCUUCCCUCAACCAGGAGCAAGCCUGUCUGCAUGGAGGUCUUUAA